GCGUGAUAUGUAGGACACGGUGUGACUAUCUCACGUGAAUGACAUGCCCCUUAUCAGGAAGUUGAAUGAUCUCCCAUCCCCGUCUCCACCCAAUUAACUACUCUUACCAUUCCUCAGUAACUCUCCAUUAUUACCUUACUUCUGGGAUGUGUGAAUACCUUUUCUGCUAGCAGCGGCCAGGCUAUAAAACAAAGUCAGUCCUCGUAACGGAACUGCCGGACUUCCCGUCGAUUUAACUCUAUCUGCAAACUACCUGAAGCUUUGUUAUACACCUCGUACUCCGUUAAUGAUUGCAAUGCCUUCAUCAACAGAAACUUGCGCGGGUCUCCGUUCUCCGGACCCCCAGACUCAUAAAAAAUGACAUUCAAACAGAUGCGAGAACAGAGGAUCCCUCUCGAAGAUUAUGUCUCUAGGAUCACCUCUUCUCACUAAUGAGCGCACCCCUCUGCUCGCGGGCUCCUUGGCGGAAAAUGGUCUCAACGACAAUCGUGUAGCUGACAAUGCCUCCCUUGUUGCUCGUACAUCGGAACCGCCGCAAUAUGUGUAUGACAAGCCGACUUCCUCUCUCGCCCCAGUGUUCGUUCCAAUGGCUAUUGGUGUUUUUCUAGCUGCUAUGGAUGGUUCUAUCGUUGUAUCAUCUUCCGCUGCUAUUGGGAGUGAGCUCAAACAGCUACAAAACGCCAGUUGGGUAGCUACCGGAUACAUGCUUUCUAUGACAAGUUUCCAGCCUCUAUAUGGUAAAUUUAGCGACAUUUUCGGUCGUAAGGCCUGUUUACUGUUCGCCUAUACUGUUUUUGCCACCGGAUGCCUUCUAUGUGGAUUCUCUCGAAAUAUGAGUCAACUUAUCGCGGCUCGAGCCAUUGCUGGAGUUGGAGGCGCAGGGAUGACAACUCUAGUCAGCAUUAUCAUGUCCGACAUUGUCCCCUUGCGUUCUCGUGGAACUUGGCAAGGAAUAAUCAAUAUCGUUUUUCAAUCUGGCUCUGCCAUUGGCGCUCCCUUAGGAGGGUAUCUAGCCGACAACUUUGGAUGGCGUUGGGCGUUCAUCGUACAAGUUCCCAUCACUCUACUCGCAAUCAUUUUUGUGUCUAUCUCACUGCACUUGCCCCAUCAUGAUGGCUCCGAUUUGCGGGCCAAACUCAAACGUAUCGAUGUUGGAGGAUCCAUUGCCCUUGUUGCAACUGUCUUCUUCCUUCUUUUUGGACUGGACCGAGGCGGAAAUCUGUCUUGGGGAGACAAUCUCACGAUGUCCUCCCUCAUUGCCUGCGUCAUUUCAUUGAUUAUCUUCCUCAUAAUUGAAACAAAAAUUGCACCAGAGCCGUUAGCUCCUCAACGAAUAAUCACCAAGAACUCCCUUUUUGUGACCUAUCUGUCCAAUUUCUUCCCAAUGGCUUCAGGAAUGUCAAUGCUGUUCCAUGUGUCAUUAUACUUUCAAGCUGUCGAAGGGAAAAACGCAGCGCAAUCUGGUUUGCUUCUACUGCCAGAUGCUGCUGGAAGCUUGACGGGCUCUCUUUUGGGUGGCUUGCUCGUCCAGUUGUCUGGAACAUAUUACCUUCUGACCGUGGCCGGAUUCAUCGUCCUAGUAGCGGGAAGAGUAGUGGCGACUUUGAUGACCGGUGUGAUAUUCCGAUCAGCGUUAGGUGUUGGCGUUGGGAUUCUGGUGGCAGCAAUCGGAAAUGGCGUAUCCAUCACUACUAGUUUGGUGGCACUCAUUGCCAAUGCUGGCCCAGCAGAUCAGGCAGCUGCGACUGCUGCAUCCUAUUUGUUCCGUUCGUUGGGUAUCGUGGUCGGGCUGUCGGUAGCCAGUAGCUUAGUUCAGGUCACGUUGCGCAAAGAAUUGCGACGCCACCUCGAAGGGCAUGAUAUCGAUGAGAUUGUUCGACAAGUGCGCAGAUCGCUGGAUUACAUAGAUCAAUUGAACCCUUCGAUGCGUACGGUGGUCCGAGAUUCAUACGAGAAAGCAAUCCAUGUUACCUUGUGGUUUUCUGUCUCCAUGACAGUGUGCGCUGCGGUUUGCUCCUUGUUUAUCAAAGUGAAGCCCUUGAUCAAACACAGUUGAAGGCUUUUUGACGUAGUCUAUGAUCAGAUCAGUAGGGUAGUAACGCGGCGCAAGUAUGUACAUGGACGUGUAG